GGGUAACCUAGCGUAAUUUCAUCAUGCUAUUAUCAUGUGCAAUUCAGUGAGUUUUCUUUCGUUUCGUGUCUAAGUGCGAGUCAUGACAGUCGUCCUGUCUGCUGUCUUAAGAUGUGAACCACGUAGUUCGCAGGAAACUGUUGUCACACCACUCCUUAAGAAAGACAAACGGAGGUAUUUUCCGUAGUGUGAGAGGCAAGGGUAUCUGAGCGCAAAAUGAGGUGGCUGUGAAUCCCCUUGAAUUGUAGGUGAAAUAACAAUACCUUAAAUUCAGCCCACGCAGACAGUCUUCCCGUGUACUUGUCGGCACUGACUGCUCUCUUCAGCAGACGCUCAGCUGUGGUGAGUGCAUGAACAGGCAGGGCAGAAACGAAGAAAGACACAUAACAAGGGUAGGUUUUUCUUACAUUUAUUCACAUAAUGGGGAAAAAUUCAUAAGAAAUUGAGGUUUACUUGGGAAAUAGUUUUCUGCUGUAGCCUACACACUAACUACGAUUAUAGACACAUCUGUAUGAUUAUUAGCGCCAGCAUGCAGCCUGCAGUGCAACUGUCUCAGAGUUUUUACUUCCACUUUUUACCCUCUCAGCUUUUUUUGGCUUGCUCACAAAGUUCUCCAGAGCUCAGAUGAGUUAUUUAGCAUCUGUAUCACUCUCAGGCUGUAACUUAUGGAGGAAGAUUUCAACUUUAAACAACUGUGGUAUUGUUUUUAUGCAGUGAGUCAAUGUGACAACCACUGGGUUUAUCCAUCCAAAUGUGCAUACUUCUUCCUUGAGGAAGCAGGUUACAGGAGGUGUGGGUGAAAAAAAAAAAGACUUGGCACACUGCAGCAGCCCUUAUCUCACUUCCUGCUUGUGUGUGUAUGUGUGUGUGUGUAAGAUUGCCAUGCUAUUUAGUGUACUCUUAAGUGCCUUUUGACCUAAAUAUUAGCCUGCAAACAAGUAGCAAAGUGCUGCUUUUAAUCAAACUGCUUGACCUGACAAUGUCAAAGGUGAAGCAGGGGCAACAAUCACAUUCUGGAUAUUUUUUAACUUUCCGUGCUGCUUGCUUCUUUGAGAGGUGGUGAGGCUGUCAUGGCAGACAGAUUGAACUGUGAAAACCCCUUUGCACAACUGGGAUAAGUCCUGUGAUAGUGUUGUUAACAAAACAGAGAACAACGGCUUUGUCUCCAUCUGAUAAAAAAGUAAACAGUAAGGUGUACGUGCCAGGCGUCCUAUUUGUCCCCGAGCCUGUUUGUUGCUGUUUAAGUCACCCUGAAGAAGCAUACCUGGUUUUUCUCCGUGUGUUCGUAGGUUUUAUAGCUUAACACACACAUAAAAAAGAGAGAGAGUGAGAGAGAGAGAGAGAAGGGGGUGGGGGGCAAAUACAGGAUAUGUGUCUCUGAGGCGUCUGUCAUAUUCAACCACACUCAUAUCCUACUUCUUGUUCUACUGCCGGCCUUAGUGCCCUGAUGCUCAACAAGUUACCGCACACACAUUUGCAUUGGAAAUAACUGCUCAGUUCUCAGAGCCACUGUAUCUUGAUGCUGGAUCGCUCAAUGAAUUGCAUGGCACCAACUGAGGUAGUGUAAAUUCUGCUGAAUUUUGUUUUGUCAUUACUUCACUUGUUUAUGUUUUUGUGCUCUAGAGUAAAGUUUAAGAAAAAAAAAAAAGGAUUGGCCUCAUCCUCACUUAGAUAACCGGCUCCUGGAGAGGUGACAGAGUUGAGUGAACAUUUCAAUAAGAAUGUUUUCUUUCUUCACUGAGGCAAAGUCAUCAACCAGUUUUGUGAAAUCGAAUGACAGUGACUAACAAAUGAUCGUGUGGUAUUUUCUUGCUUUCACUCAGUAUUUUUCCAUAUUGUCAGACUCAUCUGUUGUUACAGCAAGUUAGUUUUAGCUUUGACACAUCUUUACAAUAAUCAAAGUUUUUCAAUGCCGUCAUCUCUUUUCUUACUCUCAUUUUUCUUAUUUAUAAAUGUUUUCCUCAGAACUCCCUGGGCCGCAGUAAUUCUGAUAUCUUUGCACGUUAGCUGUUGUUAUCGCUGGUGUCAAAGUUGUCAGCAAUGCACAGUGGUUGAGCAUGGGGCUGUUAUCAGUGCGCAGAUAAGAAAGAGAUAGUCUGCGUCUCUGCAUGUUGAUCUGUUUAAGCACAUGUACCAAACCUCUGUUUGUGUGUGUAAGUGUAUUUUGUUCGUUUGUGUGGGAUGGAAAGAGUGUAAAUUGUUCAUCAAUCAAAAUUAAACCUGGUGAACAAGAUUUAGGUGUGCUGUUGGCUGGCCUGGCCAGACAGGUAUGAGGUUCAGGGUUAAUCCUGUUAGUGGAAAACUACAUUUGGGAUGAUGGAACAAAAACAAGGCACAUUCACCCUGCAGCUACAGUACAGUAUAUGCCUUUAUUGCAGAACCCCGCUCCCGUGUUAUGAUUUGUGGAUUUCUACUUUUCCCUUCUGUGAUCUUUGCAUCUCUUGCUAGAAGGCAACGGGUAUGUCAGCUUGAGAAGCAAGCCACUGGUUAUUAUUAUAUGUUGCAAAUUGGGUCUGGUAUUCAAGAGCAAAUUCAAUUGGCAUUCAAAUGUACAAGAAUAUAUUACCCAAUUUGAAAAAUAAUACAGGCGUCAGGAGCCGUUUUGAUACAGAGGCAGCAGACUGGGUUGAUAAAUAUUUCCAAAUUGGAUCGGCUUAUUAUUUCACCCAAAGCGACUCUGAAAAGCAAAUUGGAUACAGAGGGGGAUUUUAUUUGCAGCUUCUAAGGUUGUUUGCGCUUGGAGAUUUACUGCAGCUAUUCAAGAGGCCAGAACAGCCCACAAUACACUCCCUCUCCAAUCAGCCUCAGUAGUGUGAUUAACAUCUUUUUCCAAUACAGUCAACAGAAAUAGUUCUUAAUGCUGUUCUGCUAAUUUAGCAUGAAGAUAAUCUCGUUGUGGAAUGGGUUGCAGCCACUCCAGUGUGCUCUACAGGGUGAACAUUUGUCUCACAGAAGAGUUGUUGGACAUCAUGGCAGAAUUUAUGAACAGGAUUUUUUACUCAAUUAAACAUACCUAUAAGAAUUUCAUAAAGAAAUUCAGUAAACUUUUUAAAGAGGAACUAAUUUUUGGAAAUAUAUGUCUUUUUUUACUUCCAGUCAAAUACAGUAAUUACAUUUAAUAGCAACAUGCCUUUUCUUAAAUUGGAUUCAUGACUUGCAAAAUAAAUAGGAAUAGCUUUUUUUUCUGUUUUACUGUGUGUGGUGAAUGUUGAGGUCCUCACUGUUGUGCCUCAGUUUAAUAACCUGCACCCCUCACACAAAUCUGUUCACCCCAGUCUUUUCCACAUAGUCAUUAACAACAGAGGAAACAAGAACACAAUAGGCAUGGCAAACAAUGAAGAGGCGCCUACAGCAUAACAUUUGGCACAUAGGUCAACACAGUGACUUUGGUCCCUGAUCUCACGACUGCCUCCUUGGCUAAAUCAGACCAAUGAGGCUUCAUCCGGAGUUGGACGGAAGAGAGACCAUUCCCAUUUAAAAAUAUCGCCUUUCAUAUUGUGUUGGAUACAGCUGGGGCUUUGUUUGGUAGGCAAGGACCAUCUGUGUUUCACAUUAGUUUGGUGGUGAUGCGGAGCACUUAGGUUGGAUCUGUUUUGGGCCUUGUGCCAUGAGGAAGUUGUGAUAUUUUAUCAGAUGAUGAAAAGUUAUCACUUGGUUUUGUGAUAAGAGAAAAGAGGAGGAUAUGUAAGUGUAUGUUAAAGUGACAUGAAGCUGGCUUUUUCAUGUAAUGUUCUAAAAAGAAAAAUAAUGCUGAUCCUUAUUCAGAAGACAAGACCAACCAAUUGUAUUAAUAUGAUCCCCUAUUGUUUUGCCAGUGGAAGUUAUUGGACAGGUUUUUGUUGCUUAACACUUGGCAGAGCAGCUGAGCUCUGCAUAGCAAAAGGAAAAUGUUGAAUAGACACUUGCUAUGUACUUCUCGGAACAGCUAUUUCUGCUGAGCACUAUGGGAAAUAAGGUUGUCUUCCACUGACCCUUUCACCACCAUCCACCUCAGAUUACAGUCUAGGUUUGCAUGCAUACUUUCAAACUUGGUUGCCCUCCAACUCUUAGUUUUCCACUAGCAACACAUGAUACUGAAACUCAAAAAGUACCAGACAAGAUCCAAUAAUAGUCAGCUUCCCUGCUUUCCAUCACACUAUCUCUAAACCAAAACACCAAGAUUUCACACACAUCAAUGGCUUGAAUAUUAAUAGCAGAUAUUUUUAACUUGGUUCCCUUCUCCCCCCCGCAGCAUUUGAAGAUGAUGCGAUUGCUGUUCCUGUGUCUGCUGCUGCUGCUGCCAGCCGCUACUGGUACGUUCUCAUCAUCUGUGACGCUUUCAGGUGAUAAACAUCUAAUCAGGGUCUACGCAUCCCAGAGCCAGCAUCUUUUCCCUCACCUACCAACGUAUGAGCAGAUUAAUAUAUGCACCCCUCCUCCUCCUUUGAAUUAUACACCCACCUAAAAGAGAAGGUGCCUCAGUGAAGCGGAAGUCUCUGCUAAUAUAAGAAUAACUUGAAAGACAAACAGUGAAAUCAGUAACUGUAUUUUCUUUGCUGCACUUUCCUGGUAGGAGAUAACGCAGAGAGCAGCAGUAGACUCCAUCAGAUGAGCGUAAUGCGCAAAUAUAAAAGUGUUUAACUUUUCUGGGGUAAAGUUGAUGUAAAAUCUAGCAUAUUGAGCAGUACUACCAUCUUUGUGUAAAUCUAUCUUGAGUAUUUGAAUGUACACCAACUCUGUUUGAUCUUUUUCUUCUUACAGUUUCACAAGACCAGGAAGGAUCAGGGGAUGACGGUAUGUAAAGCAUCUUAAUAAUACAAAUAGAAAUAAAAAAUUAAUAUAGCACACUAAAAGAAGUAAGAAAGUGCUCAGCAACUGAAAAACAAAACUUCCAUAAUAUUCUAAGGCUACAACUACACAAGCUUACACUCAACAAUAGAAGUGAGUUUUAAGAAGAGACUUAAAAGAGGCAAGUGAGUUUGUCUAUCUGACAUCCACACCCACAGCUGUGGAGCACAAACUGCAAAUGCUCGGUCAUCUCCAUCGACUAGCCAAGAUUUAGAAACCAAGACCAGGGGCACUGCCAGAAGACCUCAGGCAGCAGUCGGGCUCAUAGGGAGUUAGUUGCUCUCAGUUAGAGCCUGGCCAUACAAGCCUUAAAAAAAGCAGUAUAAUCUUACAGUCUAUUUAAAAACUCACAGGUAGCCAGUGAAAGGCAUCCAAGACUGGUCGCCUCUCUUACUAAGUGUUAAAAGACUCGAAGCAACUUUUAAUUAAUUGUAGCUUUUGGAUAUUGUGCUUGCUAGACCCAUAAUAAAGUGCUUUACAUUCGGGAAGUCUAGAGGAAACAAAUACGUUUUUCUUAGUUGUCAUAAAAAAGAAGAAAAAAAAAACCUCAGCCCUGCAUGAAGCUAUUUUAAUUGUAUUGAUAUUUGUUUUAAACAUAGUUAUCACUCUGAUGUCUAUUUCCCGGACUUCUCUUGCCCUCAUUGUACUGUUGUUAGUUAAAUUUGAGGUUAGCUCAGCCUUUGUGGAUCCUCGUGGAGGACACGUGUGGAGUAAUAAACAGAUGUCAAGAGACAUACCAGACAUAUUUGUUACAUGAACAAAUAUGUCUGUUCAAACAAAACUUAAUGUCAGAUGGAAUAACUUCAAAACAGAAAGUGGAUUCAUAAUGUAGCCUGCUAUGAAAAAAAACCUAUUUUCUAGCUUAUGUUUAUUUCAAACAACAGAACUGUGUUGCAUGUGUGCAUGAUGACCUACUUGACAAUGCCCCAUUUCUCUCUCAAAAGGUUUCCUUCCUUGUUUACAGUUUUGACAUUUAUUUAAAGUUUUGUCCAGACAGUAUGUUUUAGAGUUUGGGUUUCUUUCGUUCAGUUUCGUUGUUGCCGACACUCAAUCUAGUUUUGGUGUUUUUGUGCUGUAUUCAUUCUAAUCUCUACUGACUGUAUCCUGACUGUUGUACAGAAAAUAAGUGUUUUUACUCGUUGUUUGAAGGUGCAUGUAUUUCUGUACGGUCUUUACAAUGAUCCAAUUUCUUCUAUCCUCCUUACAGGUGUGGAUGAUGAGGAUGGAUAUCUCGAUACUGGUGAGUUUAUUGUCUUGAUUCCCCUUAGUAGACUGGAGUGGUUUUUUUUUUGGCUUCUUCUGUUUCAGACCCACAAAUACUGUAGAGGAGAGGGUUGUGACCGCUUAAUGGUUGCCUGUAAGUUAGCAUUACAGUACAGGGUACCCUAGUCCUCUGAGAUGUGUGGUCCCUGUUGGCUCUCCCUCUUUUCUACCAUUUAGCCUUGAAAGAAAUCAAUUAGCUCCCUGGAGGGGUCUUUUGGAUCCUGCUGAAAGGCCAGCGAACAUGUCGACAUCUCUGCCAUCCUGCUGGUCAGCUAAUCGACAUCGGCAUUCUCAUUCUCUCUUCCCGUGUCCCCGUCACUCCUCAUCUUUGCUUUGAUGGACAUUUGAUAGAAUUACAGAUCUGUUUAAAACAAGGCUCCAACACUGAGCACUUCUCUGCUCCUCUCUGCUUGUCUGAAGUCCCAAAAAAUCUCCCUCUCUGUACAUAAAGGCUUACCCAAGUUAAUCUAUUUUUUAUAGUUGGUUUUUCCAAGUUUAUUCUAAAUAACUCAGGCUAUGACCUGCAAAACUUGAAGAAGUAGUACCUUUAGAAAGUAUGCUCAUUCAUGUAAUCAAGUACCUCUUCUGUUAUUGGCUUGGCAAAGUUGAUUUUAUUUUUGCUUUGCUUUGCUUGAAAACCAAACAGGUGACUUAAAAACGAUAAAGUGGGAGGCUGACUGGCAGCUCAGCUGGUGGAGCAUACACCAGGGUUGUGUCUUUGCAGUCUCUGUGCUUUAUUUUGCUCAAGACCUCUACUGUGUGUUCAACUUUCUGUUUCUCUUCCCUGCUUCUCUUGUGUCUCUUCAGUGUAACCUUUCCUAGGAAGGCAAAUGGAAAAAAACAUUUUUAAAAGAUAAUAAUGAGCUGAGAUGUUUGUUGGCAGCUUUUGUAACCUUGGGGCAGAGAUAGGCUAGCUGUCACCGUCUGUCUCCAAUCUUUAUGCUAGGCUAAGCUUCACUGCUGGCUGUGGCUUCAUAUUUACCUUUCAGACAUGAGAACAGUAUCAAUCUUUUCAUAACUAAGUUUUGCAUAAAAAAGCUUGAAUUUGGGGUUUGAAAUGUUCAGCUUUACCUGAAAUUGUGUGAACUGUUGAUUUCAAAAGGAGAAAACACAGAGGUGGUCUCCUGAAAAAGAAAAUAGAAGUUGAUCUGUUGGCUAUCACAUUAACCAUUUCUUGUUGUUUUUCUACGCAGUCGGGUCAGAUAAAUCAGACAAUCGUGCUGCUGGCACAAAUGUGGAUAAAACUACAGGUGUAGAGGAUUCAACAGAAGACAGUAAGUACUGUGAUUACAGUUAGUGAUUAUGAAUGACAGAUUAAAAUGCUUUAAGGAAUAGAAACAGGUGUAAGGGUUUAUUUAUGGGUAUGGUUAUACUUGGACUUGUUUGAGAAGUUUCAAUUCUUCAUUUUUUUUUUCCCACAGAUAAGUUCACCCUGAUCGUCAUCAUUGCAGCUGUGGCUGUGUUGACUCUGUCAGUUGCAGCUAUAGUCAGUAAGUACUCUUGGUUUUGUUUGGUUGGACAUAAUUUUAUCAUACUGAGUUGAUUCUAGUUUCAUUCUUAUAGUUGACAAUUGCACCAUUGUUAAGUCUCUCACUGUUGUCCAGAAUGACUGUACACCCUGUCUGUCUUGUAAAGAUGUUAAUACCUGUGCAAAUAUGAACUUUUCUCCUGUGUAACUGUGACCUUUCUCAUUUUUUCUUGCAGCUAUAAUGUUAGUAAGGCGCCACAUGCAGUACCGACAGCAAGGGUAAGGUCAAAUUUCUUUUUUUUGAAUUGAUAUUUAAAAAUUAGUUCUCAUUAACAUUAUAAAUAUCUCUUUUUUAGCCGGCAUACAGUGCCUUAAUGUCACAUUUUUAUAAAGGAACACUGUAUUACCUUCCUAUGGCCUCUUUACAUGCUGCAUCAGUGUCUCGCAGACAAGUAUAUGUCUUGAUCUGCAGUAAGUCAGCCUGCAGGUGACAGAACCAGUCUGGUGGGUAACAGCUUUUCUGCUGCUUUGCUAAUUUGUUCUACAUCAUCUGACUCUUCAAAAUCAAAACCAGAGAAAAACACCCAGGUGACAAAACGCAACCAGUAUCCACCCAGUUGAGCCCGUCUGGACUUGUAGAGCAAUUACUAUCACAGCCUGAGGCCCUCCAACAGCACCUCUGAAUACACCCAACCUCUAACCCCUCUAUCUUCACAUCAAACAAUAGCCUAAAGACAGUAAGACAGAGCCACUGGGUUUGUAUGACUGAACGGGACAGGACUGAGCCUGUUCUAAAGCUUACCUCAUGAGCUGAGGCGUGAAUACGUAGCUCAGCUCAGAAAUAACACAAUCAUGUAAACAUGAUCCUGGCGUCAUGACAACAAUCUGCCAACAGCAAUCCGACAGCAAAGCAGCCUAAACCAGUUAUACAGAAAGAUGCUCGCUCUCUGCCACACUUAGCUGAUUUUACCUCACUUUGCUGUAGGAGGGCUUUCUGCACAGUAAUCACUUUCAUUUGUUCUGGGGUGCACUAUUACACGACCUGCAGGUUGGGUCAGAGGGGUUAGUGAGUUCAAAUUAGCCCCCAGAGAUCUCCCAGCAGCAGCAGCAGCAGCAGCAGAGAUGCCUUUGCAGAGCAGACACCCAAGACAGUCUGCGAGGGUUAAAUUCCUCUGCAGGAUUACCAGUUGCCUCCUGGGGCUGCAGUCAACUCUGGCAGUGUUUGGUGCUGACUGAUCGCUCUGCUGAAAAGAGGCUUAAUCACACAGCAACCUCUAGCUUGUUGGAUCAACAGUGCCUUGCCAUGUUUAUAAGUCCCACCUGGGGAUGAGCUGUGUUUUGAGGUGAUGCAGUCGCCGUGCACCUGUCAGAGCCCCACAGCAUGAGGCAGACACACCGUUUCCUGGAUUCAGACAUGCAGGGAUAUUUCUAUUCUCUUUCCGCGAACACACCGAGAAAGAACCUAAAAAUAUCUGGAAGAUGACAUACUUUUGCUUUGCCCCAUCUCACUCCCUACUCCCACCCUUCUUCUUCUUCUUCUUUCUUUGUCCUCCCUCUCAUUCUCUCUUCAGUAUCUACUCAGUGCCUGCAGAGCAAGACCAGAAAGGGGCCGUUCCGUUCUUGGUGGAGUAGCAGUUCGAUGACUCAUGGACAAGAAAGGAACAACACAUCAGGCUGUGUCACCUCCAACUCUUUGACUCAGGACAGUUUGACUUCUAUGCACAACAGCCUGCUUCUUAUUAUUCCAGUCCACUCUUUCCUCCUACACAAACUCAUGAGUACAUAUGAGAUAUGUGUUUUAUUCCUGUAUACUUUUUCAUUGUCCCUGCGGUGUCUACUGCCACUACUACUACUACCACACACACUUACACACACACACACUAAACACACACACACACACUUACACACAGUUUAGCCCGGGACAUUUGGAAUGCAUUCAAACCUUCUAAUUGGAUUCUAUUUGAGGAAUCCAAAUCAAAGCCAGUGAAUAUGGCUUAAAGCUUCUUUUGUUAAAAGGGAUAAUUUAGCACAGCCACAGCUCCCCUUUUUUUCACUACCUGAAACAAGAAAUUAUUCCCACCAGCUAUGCAGUGAAUUUGUGUUUGAUUUGGCGCGAGUGGAAUAGACCUGUGUGUGUGAAACGGUCGAUGAGUGAGACAAAUCAUACUAAUCCACACACUAAGCCAGCCCAGUACUCACUUCAUUCUCCUAUUCACUCGUCUGACAUCUUCUGUUCCUGGCCCAUUAGGACUGACAGGAGGCAGUGUUAAAGGAAGAUAAAAAACCUGUUCCCCCUCCGCUGAACCUCAGUGAAAAAAGAAACGAGUCGAAAUAACCAGUUUGAACAUAUUCCUGCAAAGCAGCAAAUUAAUCGACCGCCAUGAGUGAUGGUGUUUUCUUUUCCUCUCUUUUUUUUCUGUUUUGAAAGGUUUUCACUUAAGUCUUGCAGAUUGUAAAUAGCUUUCUGAAUGCUGUAGAGAGUUAGAUUAAUGCUCCAGACACUCUUGGAGGGAAGCUGGAUAAAAUCUCACAACUCAAAUAAAGUGUUGGAGAUGAUUGGGAUAAUACCAACCAUGCCUUUGUUUCAUUCAUACGGAGCAUGAUGGUUUCUCUGUGUUUAUUUAAGUGGAAAUAAAUCAUGCAGUAUGAAAGAAAACUCUCUAUCCCAAAACCAAAGGCACUGGUUGCUUAACUUGUUCCAAAACAAAGAGAGGGACUCUCUGUAGUGUAGUAAGAGUUAAAGGGGAAGGGGACAUGCCCCUGUUGGACAUGACAGUAUUUUAUUUGUGGCUUCUUGAGCAGCACUUAUAAUGGAGUCAGCAUCACUGGGAAUGGUAACAUGGGGUUAAACACUGGAUUUGUCAUAGCACGAUCUCACUUUGCUCUUCCACUAAAUCUUGCAGCUAAUCUUGUCACUGGGGGUGAGCUUUGGCUCCACUCCAGCCAGACUUGAGAGCAAAAACAGUUGUGCAGUCACGUCUUCAUCAGGGCGUUCAGUGGCUGUGCGUCUCUGCUGAAGUCUUCAAAAACAAAGAUGCAUUCCAGUUUAUUUAACACAAACAGAGUAGCAGAUGUGAUUGUUUGUGUUUUUUUUUACUCUCCUAUCGAGCACUAUGUACAUUUUGUGUCUCACGUCUCUUAAGUGUAAUCCUUUAGUAUGUGUCAGCAUUUCAAAGUCUGGACAAUUACUGCAAAGCAAAACAUUUCAGUUGUUUUUUUUUUUUUUUUUAACUCUUUCUAGUCUACUUUUUAUAUUUUCUCAUAUUUACAAUUUUCCAGGACAAACAAAUCAAAUUGUAAUAGUGUUUAAAUUCAGUGGGGUAUUUUCUUUGAAAGUGAACAGGGUAUAAAAGACUGUAAUAAUAUAAAGAAAAUUAAAAAGUUGGUUUUUUCAAGCAUAUUCCAAAUGUUAUCUUCCCUAUCAAACCUGUCUGCUGUGACACUGCUUGUGCAAAAGCAACAAAUGUAGCUGUAGAGCUGAGUGUUUUCCUCAAUUAUAUGUUCAGAAGAGAUUAUGACACACUGAUGUUUUUAAACUGGCUGGUUCUUUUUCUGUCUAGGCUUAGGUAUGGUGGCCCUUAAAACUCCACAUAUGGCAACUUCAGGGGACAAAACAAACAGAGCUUUUUUUCAUCACACUGAAACAACAACAAAAAAAUACUUGUUUGUAUUUUCUAUGUGCAAGUUUAUCCUGUUUUAGGAGGUUAAAAUCUUUUCUCCGUUUGUUGUGCAUUAAGCUUUUGCAGAGACAGUACCAAAGGCAACGUCUGACCUUGUGCCAUCAUUUUAGUUUCAAUAUGUAACUUUGUAUUUAAAAUGUACUGAGCUGUGCGUUUGCAUUGUGUCUCAUUGUGGACAAAUAUUGUAUUUGGCUAAGUGGUCUUUUUAUAUUGCUGAGAUAGUGGAGUAACCUUUCCCCCCUCGCUCUGGCAGGAGGGAGUCAGUAAUCGCCAAAAGUGCUUUUCUGUAAAGUAUUUGUAUUUAGUUUCUUAUAGCAGCAAAACAAAUAUUUAAAUUUAGACUUCUUGUGAAGUUCAUACAUUUAUGAGCAAUGGCUUUUCCAAACAAAUAUAUACUAUAUUUUAUUCAAUGGUUUUAAAUCAUAUAUCAGAUAACAAUGUAUACAAUACAUGACCUUAUAUCUCACAGGAAAAUAUUAGUAGGGGACUAUUUUUCAUGAAUUUAUAUGUUUUUUUUUUUCUGCACAGUUACUGUCUCCCUUUAUUUUGCUCUGAGAACAAUCAAUACUGCUGUAUAUUAUGUAAACUUAACUCUACAUUGUGUAAAUUGUGUCAUUAAAUCUGUUUUAACAUGUG